UCUAUGUCUGACCACCCUCUCUCCCUCUUUCCCUCUCCCCACCACAUCUUUGCGCUACACCACUGUCGCUCUCUCACACUGUCUCGCCACGGUCUCUCUCUCAGUGUCUCACCACGGUCUCUCCCUGUUACCCCUCCCUCUCCCCCCUCACUGGCUCUUCUCUCCCGCCCUCGGAUCCUUUCCCGCACGGCGUGCGUUUCUUCUGCCAGUGCUCUCUCUCUCUCUCUGUAAUCCAGUGCUGGUUGAGACAAGUGAUACAGAGAAAGCUCACGAGUGGGAUAGAGAGAGGGAGUGAAAGAGAAACAAAAACGAGAGAGAGAGAGAGUGAGAUAAAGGGUGAGGGUGAGAGGGAGAGAACCACUUUCCUGGAUUACUCCCAGAGGAGGACAGUGAACAGGAAGAUCUGCAACUAUAUGACAGACUGAGGAAGAGGAAGAAGAUCCCUCUCACACCCAAACCGGAGCACGAGAGGUGCUGCACGUAACGCCAAACCAAAGUAGACACGGAGGGAGAAGUUUGGUGUGCAGCGAAGCCCCCAGUACAGGAGGACACCCAGGCUGGUGGACGGAGGCUGGCUGUAGCUGCUGUGAUGGACAGGGAGGCAAAGGAGCGAAGGAAGAUCCAGUUCUCUGUGCCUUCUGCUGCACCUUCCCAGCUGGACCCCAGACAGGUGGAGCUGAUUCGGCGUCGGAGGCCAACACCGGCCACUCUGUUCCGGCUGACGGAUCACAUGUCCCCAGAGGAAGACAGUUCCCGCCAGCAGCUGGCAGUUUGUGAAAAUGGAGUCCUGAAGCCUGAAAAAGACAACACAGCAAUCUACCAGCCCCCUUCACUCAAAGCGGUUCAGAAGAUGUUGAAGAGCCAGCAGCUGUCUCCAGACGUCUCAGAUGGCGAGGACAUCUCACCGGACUCCUCCAGGGAUCCAACAGAUGAUGUCAUAUCUGACCAAUCAGAUGACCAGUCAGCGUGUGAGUUCACAGAUGAGGAGGCAGACUCGAUCCCUCUACACGAGACACUAGGAGAAGGUGACAAGGGAACAUCUGAUUCUAAAGGAGAGCAGAGGAGAGCAGAAAGCCCAGCGAGUGGAGAGACGGUGCAAGUUUACAUGCAGUGUCCUGAAGAGGACACUGUUCCUUCAGAAAACUCAGCAAAAGAGGAGUAUCCCCUGGACUCUGGCAGAGAGCCACCAGAUGACACCACGCCUCACCAAUCAGAUCAUCAGUCAGUGCACGUGGUGAAAGGAGAAGCAACAGCUGACUCAGCAGGAGAGGAGGACAGAACAGAAAGCCCAGCGCGUGGCGAGUGUAAGCAGGACGAACCAUAGCUGGCAGAGUACAGACCGAAUGCGAUCGCGAUUUGUGCAACGCAAAAAGUAAACGCAAGUUAGUUAUAUUCAUUUUAAGAGACGUACCUUUGAACGAGGAUGUCAUCAUUUGCACAAGUGGGAGGUCGGCUGAAGGGCAGGAAGAUGAUCAGGUGUAGAAAGAAAACCUAUUACCAUGGCAACAUCCAGAAAGAUAGAACAAAGCUUACUUGUCUCAUGGGACUACAGGCAACCUGAAGGACGUUGAAAGGCGUUCCCAUCCUACUGAAUAUCAUCUGUAUUCUUAGCUUGUAUUAAGGGCAAAAUCCAAUUUUAUUUAGUUAAACUUAAGA